CUGCUGCUACUGCUCUGCAAUGUGGGGUCCCGUGGCUUCCCAGUAGCUCCAAAACUGCAAGAAGAGGACGCGGAGUUGGUCCAGAAAUACCUGGACAGCUACUAUAACUUGAACAACGUGGGGCCACAAACUGGAAAACAAAAAAGGAGCGUGGAUAGCCUGGUUGAAAGCCUGGAAGAAAUGCAGAAAUUCUUUGGGCUGAACGUGACUGGGAAGGUGGAUAAGGAAACCCUGGAUGUGAUGAGGCAGCCCCGGUGUGGGGUGCCUGAUGUGGCCUGGUUCAGCACCAUGCCCGGGGGCUCCAUUUGGAGAACACACAAUCUGACUUACAGGGUUGUAAGUUACACACCGUAUUUGCCAAGAUCAGCUGUGGAUGACGUCUUUGAGAAAGCCUUUCAACUCUGGAGUGAUUUCUCGCCCCUGACAUUCACCAAGAUCUUUUCCGGGGAAGCAGACAUAAUGAUCAGCUUUCUGAGAGGAGACCAUGGUGACAACAACCCCUUUGACGGACCUGGAGACAGACUCGCUCACGCUUUCGCACCAGGCCCGCGACUCGGAGGAGACGCUCACUUCGAUGUAGACGAGACAUGGACCGUUGAGCCGUGGACUGAGGAUUAUAGCAGGUAUAACUUGUUAUAUGCUGCGGCUCACGAGUUCGGCCACUCUCUCGGCCUGGGACACUCUUCCGACAUCUCGUCCUUAAUGUACCCCACCUAUCAGCUCACCAGCGAAGUCCUCCUGGGAGAAGAUGAUGUCAAUGGCAUCCAGUCACUAUAUGGUGAGAAGCAGAGACCUCCCAUCAAUCCCAGCAUCAGAAAAACCGUAAUAGCCCCCAAGGUGUGUGACAGGGACUUAACCUUUAAUGCUGUAACUACAGUUCGGGGAGAAAUAAUGUUCUUUAAAGACAGGUUCUACAUUCGUCCAAUGAACAACUACCUGGAAGAAGAAGUCAAUUACAUCUCUGUGUUCUGGUCACAUCUGCCAUCUGAGAUUGAUGCUGCUUAUGAAUUUCAAGAGGAAGAUAUAGUCCUGUUCUUCAAGGGUAGCAAGUACUGGGUUGUUCAGGAGCUGAAUGAGCUGGCUGGGUAUCCCAAGGACAUCUACAGCUCCUUUGGCUUCCCGAGGACUGUGAAGAAAAUCGAUGCAGCUGCUUCUGACGAAUACACUGGAAAAACAUACUUCUUCGUUGCUGACCAGUACUGGAGGUAUGAUGAAAGGCAACGAUCCAUGGAUGAAGGUUAUCCUAAAAUGAUAGCAGAUGACUUUCCUGGAAUUGGCGACAAAAUCGACGCGGCUUUCUACAAAAAUGGAAUUUUUUAUUUCUUUCAUGGAACAGAGCAAUACAAUUUUAAUCCCAAAACAAAGGAAGUGAGGGUCCUGAGAACGAACAGCUGGUUCAACUGCUGA